AGAAAACUACAAAGAAACCCAAACAUGGCACAAAUCCUGAUCUAAAACAUUACUUCUUUUGGUUGUAAAACACUAAAAAUUACCCGCUAUUUAAAGCCAUAAGUACACCACUUGCGAAGCUAGAAAUGCCGUCCAUGUCUCUCUUUUUAACCAAUCAAUCCACACCUCCAUAAUUACUUCACCUCCCUUCCUUUCUCCAAUUCUAACCUUCUUUGGCGAUAGGCUACGAUUCCUUCUUCUUUAACUACUCUCUAUUUCACAACUCCAUUGAUUAAUCGCUGCGUAUUCUUCUAUUUAUUUUAAUCUGAAGAAAUCUUAGCUCCUCUUUUACAACAAUGGAGCGCAAGACUAUUGAACUAGAUCAGGGAUGGGAUUAUAUGCAUAAGGGGAUCAAAAAGCUAAGGAGGAUUUUGGAAGGACUUCCAGAGCCUCCGUUUACCUCAGAAGAAUAUAUGAUGCUUUACACUACCAUAUACAACAUGUGUACCCAAAAGCCGCCUUAUGAUUAUUCUCAGCAGCUCUAUGAUAAGUACCGAGAGGCAUUUGAAGAGUAUAUUACUUCAACGGUUUUGGCGUCUUUAAGAGAGAAGCAUGAUGAAUUCAUGCUGAGGGAACUUGUUAAAAGAUGGGGGAACCAUAAAGUAAUGGUCAGGUGGCUAUCACGCUUCUUCCAUUACCUUGAUCGUUACUUCAUUGCUAGGAGAUCACUCCCUGCACUUAAUGAAGUUGGGCUGACGUGCUUCCGCGAUCUGGUAUAUCAGGAAGUGCAUGCCAAAGUCAAAGAUGCUGUAAUUGCCCUUAUUGAUAAAGAACGUGAGGGAGAUCAGAUAGACCGUGCGUUAUUGAAGAAUGUGUUAGACAUUUUUGUUGAGAUUGGCAUGGGACAAAUGGAUCGUUAUGAAAAUGAUUUUGAAGAAGAUUUGCUUCAAGAUACUAGUGCUUACUAUUCACGGAAGGCAUCGAGCUGGAUUGAGGAAGAUUCUUGUCCGGAAUACAUGUUGAAGUCUGAAGAAUGCUUGAGAAAGGAAAGGGAGAGAGUGUCUCAUUACCUGCAUUCAAGCAGUGAGACAAAAUUGUUAGAGAAAGUGCAACAUGAGUUGUUGGUCACGUAUGCAAAUCGGCUACUUGAAAAGGAGCAUUCAGGAUGCAGGGCCUUGCUUAGAGAUGACAAGGUGGAGGAUCUUUCUAGGAUGUACAGGCUUUAUUGUAAAAUACCUCGAGGCUUGGAGCCCGUUACUAAUGUAUUCAAGCAGCAUGUUACUGCUGAGGGUACAGCCUUGGUUCAACAGGCAGAAGAUGCUGCUUCAAAUGCUCCGGGUGUGCAGGAACAGGUCCUUAUAAGGAAAAUAAUCAAGCUGCACGACAAGUAUAUGGCAUAUGUGACCGACUGUUUUCAAAACCAUACUCUCUUCCACAAGGCUUUGAAAGAGGCUUUUGAGGUAUUCUGCAACAAAACUGUUACUGGCAGUUCAAGUGCAGAGCUUUUGGCAACUUUCUGUGAUAAUAUCCUCAAGAAGGGUGGAAGUGAGAAAUUAAGUGAUGAAGCCAUUGAAGAAACACUUGAGAAGGUAGUUAAGCUGCUUGCCUAUAUUAGUGACAAGGACCUCUUUGCUGAAUUUUACAGGAAGAAGCUUGCUCGUCGACUGCUUUUUGACCGCAGUGCUAAUGACGAUCAUGAAAGGAGUAUUCUUACCAAGCUAAAGCAGCAAUGUGGUGGUCAGUUCACCUCAAAGAUGGAGGGCAUGGUCACUGAUCUGACAUUGGCAAGGGAAAACCAAGCCAACUUUGAGGACUAUCUUAGGAGUAACUCAGCUGCACAUCCUGGGAUUGAUUUGACAGUGACUGUUCUCACAACAGGAUUCUGGCCAAGUUAUAAAUCAUUUGACCUCAAUCUCCCUGCCGAGAUGGUCAAGUGUGUGGAAGUUUUCAAAGGGUUCUAUGAAACAAAAACAAAACACAGAAAGCUCACAUGGAUAUACUCACUGGGAACUUGUCAGAUUAAUGGCAAGUUUGAUCAGAAAAGUAUUGAACUGAUUGUUUCAACUUAUCAGGCUGCUGUCCUGCUGCUUUUUAAUUCAUCUGAUCGGCUGAGCUAUUCGGAGAUCAUGGCUCAGUUGAACUUGAACCAUGAUGACUUGGUCAGAUUACUACAUUCACUGUCAUGUGCCAAGUAUAAGAUUCUAAGUAAAGAGCCAAACACAAAAACCAUCUCCCAGAGCGACUUCUUUGAGUUCAACUCUAAGUUUACCGACAAGUUGAGGAGAAUUAAGGUUCCUCUCCCUCCUGUGGAUGAAAGGAAGAAAGUAGUUGAAGACGUUGAUAAAGAUAGGCGUUAUGCUAUUGAUGCUGCAAUUGUACGCAUAAUGAAGAGUAGGAAGGUUUUGGGCCACCAACAUUUGGUUUCAGAGUGUGUGGAGCAGCUGAGUCGCAUGUUCAAGCCUGAUAUUAAAGCCAUAAAGAAACGAAUCGAAGAUCUCAUCACACGAGACUACCUGGAGAGAGACAAGGAGAAUCCAAACACCUUCCGAUAUUUGGCCUGACUUCGGUAAAUGUUGGUUGUUAUAGGGAGAUGGAUUCAAAAUCAUUUUGGUUUUUUUGCCUGUUUUCUAGUUAGAGUUCUGUAAAGUUCAUGGAAGUUCUUAAUUUGGCCUAUUAAAAUUUAACUGUUAUUUCAUUGCACCUCUUUUCUUCUUCGGUUACCAACAAUUAUUACAAACAAGGCAAGAGUUGAAUAAUACUUUAUUAUUAACUUUGCUUUUUCUUGGUAAAGAAA